GGACACAACAGCUGAACGUAGGCCGGUUUUCACAUAUAUAAAGAGCAGUCAGUUCAGUAGGGAUUAUAGUUCCACUUUACUUACACAAAGAAUGAACAUACUAGCUCUGGUCCUGGUGGUGUUACCACUAGCCACGUCUCAACUCUUAAGCAGCCCCAAGGAUGCUGACGUGACCAGAGGGGACAUUCAGCAGAUGUCAAGCUUCGCCGUUACCCAGCUGAACGCAAGCCUCGUGUCUGUUCUGAAUGCUAAAACUCAAGUUGUCCCUGGCGCCGGUGCCUUCGGCAUUGCUGGCUUCAACUACUUUCUGUCCCUCAAGGUGCAGAACGGACAGACGACCCAGAUCUGCGAUGUCACCCUUUAUUCUGAUUCAAUUCUACACGGCAAGCGAUUAACCACGCAUGCAUGUACUGCAAGCAGCAAGCGGGCCGUGCUUGUUGGUGCUCCAACCCCCGCCAAUGUCACCGAUCCAGAAAUCCAGAGGAUGGCGCUCUAUGCUGUGUUUACACUGAACGGCCUACAGGGGGCUGACAACAGUCUGGACCAAGUCAUCUCUGCCCAGACCCAAGUGGUUUCUGGCAUCAACUACAUGCUGAAGAUCCGCCUGAGUGAUGGAACCCAGACUCAAAUCUGUGAUGUGACUAUCUGGGACCAGCCUUGGAGCCACAUGACCGAUAUGACCCACCAUAGUUGCACCAGCGCCAAAAGGCGGGACAUAGGUAUGCCCGGGGGUCUGUUCAACGUGGAUGUCAACAGUCUUGAAGUUCUGAACGCGGCCAGCUUUGCCCUGGGCAAGAUCAACGGACUGCAGGGUGCCAACAACAGCAUGGAGCAAAUAAUCUCAGCCAAGGCGCAGGUUGUUUCUGGAAUGAACUACAUCCUGGCCAUACGUAUCAAGGAAGGUGACAAGACCCAGAUCUGUAACGUGAAGGUCUGGUCCCAGCCCUGGCUCAACAAAUUGGAGAUGACACAGCACAGCUGUACCCAGGUGACAAAGCGUGCUGGGGGUCUUCUCGGGGGCGUCACUGCUGUGGACGCCAACAGUGCAGAGAUUCAGGAAGUGGCCAACUUCGCUGUCACGGAGAUCAACGGACUUCAAGGGGCACAGAACUCUCUAGUCAAAGUCGUUAAUGCCAGAAAACAAAUCGUCGCCGGUAUUAACUACAUUCUUACCCUGAGUCUUCAGAAUGGAGAUAAGACCCAGCUGUGUGAAGUGAGGGUUUGGUACCAAUCCUGGACCAACACGAAGCAGGUUACAGAUCACCACUGCUCCGGACAAACCAAACGUCAACUUGGAGCUGCUACUGACGCGGACAUCCACGACCAAUUCGUUCAGUAUUUGGCACAUUAUGCCGUCGAAACAGCGAACGCGCUUGACUCCACACAUAGAACAUAUGUUGAACUUAUUUCUGCUAAAACCCAGGUUGUUGCCGGGACGAACUACUUCUUUAAGAUCCGGGUCCGCCAGGGAGGCAGCACCCAGGUGUGUGAUAUCACUCUUUGGCGGCAAGUAUGGAUGAAUUCUAUGGGUCAUGUGACACGACACUCAUGCAAUGCAGUAAACAAAAGAGGUCUUUUUCUGGGAGGUGUGGAGCCCGCCAAUCUCACGGCUCCAGUGCAGCAAGCUGUGUCGUUUGCAGAAGACGCUUUGAAUGCAAAGAUGAACAACAUGUUCCGGAUGGUGGCGGAGAAAGUCGACAACAUCACACAACAGGUUGUGGCUGGCAUCAAGUACUCGUUUGACCUUCACCUUGUGACAUCCAUUUGCAUGAACAACGGCGACAACACCGGCAAAGGAAUCACCGACUGUCCCGCCAGCAACAGCAUGCCCCAGCGUAUGACGUGCAAGGUGUCAGUGUGGUACCAGGCGUGGAGUGAUCCUAAAUAUCAGCUGGUCUCCGACUCGUGUGGUCAACUCUCCUAGAUUGGUUCAAACCUGUCCACAGAGAUAUAACUAUGCUCGCUGUCUCUUCAAACGAUCCUGAUGUAUUCUUGUCAUAAUACAGUGUUGCUAUUUU